AUGUCGCCUAAUACUAUUUUCCUUAUCUUGAUUUUAUCAUUUAACCAUAUUCUUCUCUAUAAUGUCCCAAACCCCACUUCGCACACUGGUUCUGGAUAUUCCCCUACAAAGGCGACUAUACAAGUUGUUUCAACACUUUCCACUGACCCAUUUCCUUUGGGGAACGACGCCGGCUCGGAACAACAUUCCUCAGAGCUAGUGACUAAUAUUCGUCUGGAGAGUGAAGCAUGUUUGCCCCUCGAACUUAUCGAUAACGUGAUUGCUACCACUAAUAUGACUUGUAACAGCAGCAGUUUGCACAUUUGGUCAGAUGACAAACAGGUCCUUGAGAGUCUGGGCGACAAAGUAAUCACGCCAAAUACCGGAUUUCCUGCUUCAAUCAAAUCCGAUCCAGCCAUUUGUGAUCCUGUUCACAAUGGCUACAUUCUUAGUACUGACAUGGGUGCUGAUGUUAGUCCCAACACUACUUGCUUCAAUAACAGUUCCAAUGUUAAAACCUGCAUUGAGUCUACGCCCGAUCGAACCAGUCUUAUGGAAUCGACUCUUAAGGAAGACGAUGAUUCACCUAAGGAGAAUUUUCAUGAAAAGACAUCUUCCAUGAUUGCUGAUAGCUCAGGACAACUUUUCCAGCUUAACAAGGGGCAGGAGAAUCUUAUCUAUCUGGAUAAUCUUACUAAUGUUGACAAGGUUACUGAAAGUGAUCAAUUAGCAAUGAAUGGUCUGGCAUAA